AUUCCCCUUUUGAUACCAACUUUAAAAUUUUUUUGAAAAGUUUUUCUAUUACAUUUUUAAAUUUUAACUCCAAUAUGUCGCAUAAACCUUUGGGACCCGGACCCGGCGCAUACAUGCUGCCCAGCUGCUUCGGCUAUGAGAAGUGCGACUCCAGGAUGCAGCGAAGCCCGCAGUAUUCCUUCGGGACCCAAUCUCGGUCUAGCAAUCGUCCAAAUCUUGUCGGACCCGGGCCGGCGGCGUAUCACCUGGGCUUUGUGACGCGCUAUGGAAAGGCUAACAAUCUGGAGUACGCGUAUUUCCAUAGACGUGGUCUCGGCAGCAACAAAACAAAAAGUGUUCGCUAGUUAGAGUCUCAAAAUAUACGAAUAUAUGGGUUAACAAUAAGCUGUUGUUGUCUAAUCGUGAAUUAAGGGGAAUUAGAUUACCCUAAUCGGCGUCCCGAACUCGAGUGGGCGUAUGUUGACAGGUGGAACAGGUGUUUGUCCCGGUCUCACAAAGGGCGAACUACCAUAGCAAAUAUUCAGGGAGCUGAGAGGUCUAUUUAUACCUCAUCUUGACUCAAAAUAGGUCAAGCACAAGGGGGCAUGGGCAUGGGAACCGGGGCAUCUCCCUCUCCCUGGCUGCUUAUAAAAUCAAUUUCGAAAGAGAACCCAACACUGCGCCACAGCAAUCCGUCACAAAUUUGUGGGGACUAAAUUUAAACGGCUGAAAAUUCAAUGAAACGGAAAAUGUGACUAGAGGCUAACAAAUCCAUAGCCUGCUUAUCGGGGCCGUGGCAAACACUCGUUCAGACCGGGUCGCGCGAGACCUUUAAGCCAGUGCUUUAAGCCCCCCGCGGAGCCGUACUGCGGCCGGAGGGGGGUUUGGGAGUGCUGCUAAUAAUACAGAAUCCUAUGACACGGAUAUGUCUUUAAAGUCAUGUGUGUGUGUCCCGCAGCGAAAAACUAUCCCGAAGCCAAUAGAAACAUGAAGGAAAUUAUGAUUAGGCCAGAAACGAAUACUGAUUACUCUAUCUCCGAAAAUGGUUACAAGUUCCUAAAGCGUGUACGUAUUUUAAUCAAGAAAUCUAUGGGAAUCUCGAAUUAGUUUCAUUUUAUUUCUUGGAAUAUUUCCACUCUUGAAAUAUAUACGGAUUUAAUACGGCUUAAAGCUUUUCAUUUGAACUGGCUUUAACUUAAUAACGUUGUACUUUUUAUAGACUCUGCCUGCGAACACACACACUGGCUACAAUUUGGAUAGCUUUUGGCCUAUACCGCUCGAAGAGGUCAACCUGAAAUUCAUGAUGAACACAAACAGAAAGGCACAGAAAAUCUAUCAGAACGAAGCCCAGAUGAAACCUCGUUCGGGGCCCAUCAUCCCUGCUCGGGACUCGGGACACGGACUCGGGAGUCGCCUCGGUUCGCGUGCUGUCAAUAAAAUAGAACGGCAACUUGUCGCUCCCUUUCAAUAUUCGCACACUCGUCGUUGAGGCAGCAACACCCACCUGUUGUUGGUUCCUGCUCAACUGGUGUUAUCGCCGUAGUGUGAGUGCGUUUGUCUGGCGCGAGUGUGUGUGUGUAUGCGUGCGUCUGCAUUAAUAUUGUGUAGCAUACUUUGUGGCGCGAACCGAGCAAAUCCAUCGAACCAUAUGGCAGCAUAAAUUGUCAGUGCCAAUCAGUUUGUGAGGAAGAUUUACAUUUAGCUUAUCGUGCCCCGCCAUGUCGGAGCACUCGACACAGAGGCAGCAAUCCCAAGCAGCUGCUGUCCAGCUAAAUGCCCCGGCCAGACGCUGCUCAACGCCCGGUAAUGGCAGCAGUAAUCGCUGUCUAAUUGCAGUGAUUGUCUACCUGGCCCUGCUACUAGAUAACAUGCUGCUGACCGUGAUUGUGCCUAUUUUGCCAGAUUACUUGGCCGGACUGGAUCUGGAGGCCUCCACACCGCUGGUUCUUAGCCUGGAGGAGACAACCCCAUCUUCAAAGCUGUCCCAUCUCUAUCGCAGUGGAGAGAUGCUCGGUGGCGGCCAUCAGCUACAUACUGCCAAACAUCCCAUUCCCGGCAAAUCGAUGGUCAAUUUUACGUUGCUUCAGAUCUCCACAGAGCGCCCAACAACGACCACAAUCACGCCCACGCCCACACCCACGCCCACGGCUACGGCUACGGCCACGGCCACGGCACUAAUUCUAGAUAUCGUCCAGUCGGGCGGCACUAAUGCGACCUCCUCCACCAGCAAGGUACUGUCCGACAGCCUUAUAGCCAGCAAUGUGCACUCGAACAGCAACCGAAGCCUGACCUUGGCGCAGGAAAACGGAUCCAUUGGCCUGCUGCUCGCCAUGAAGGCCCUGGUGCAAUUAAUUUUCAAUCCGAUUGUCGGCAACGCGACCGGCAAGUUUGGCUACCGCCUGCCAAUUGUGGUGGGUACCUUCUUCCUGCUCGUCUCCUCAUUGGUGUUCACUGUGGGCGAAUCCUAUUGGGCGCUAUUGGUGGCUCGUGCCGUUCAGGGCGUGGGCUCUGCGUGCAUCAAUAUCUGCGGCAUGAGUCUGGUGGCCCAAAACUAUCCCGAGGAGGCACGUCGCUCCAAAGUAAUGGGCAUCAUCUUGGGCAGUAUUGCAUUGGGCGUGCUGCUCGGCUAUCCAUUCGGCGGGAUCCUUUACGAUCUGUUGGGGAAAUCGGCCCCCUUCAUCAUACUCUCAACGUUUAUAUUCUUUAGCUUGGGCCUGCAGCUGCUGACGUUGGAUCUGUCUGUGCAGCCGGAGGUGGUGGUGGAGGAAACUCCCAAGUGGCGGCCACUCCUCGAGUGCAAAAUGAUCCUGGCCAUCGUGCUCGCCAUCUGGUUCUCAACGUCCACGAUGGCCAUGCUUGAGCCAUGCUUGCCCAUCUGGUUGAUUCAGUACUUGAAGCCGAACAAAUGGCAGCUGGGAACUGUCUUCAUACCCGAUUCGGUGGGCUACUUUGUGGGCACCAAUUUCUUUGGAAGCGUAGCCUAUCGCUUUGGCCAGGUGAAGGUCUCCUGCAUUAGUCUGCUGCUGGUGGGAAUCGCCUCGAUUUUGAUACCCAGCGCGACGACUGUAAGCCAACUACUGUUGCCGCAUUUUGCUCUGGGUCUUGGCAUUGGGGUAAUUGAUGCCGCUCUGGUUCCUCUGCUGGCCACCUUUGUAGAUGCAACAUUGGCCCAAGAGGAGCAGGGUGAGGUCACCACACCCAUUUCCAGCUACGGCACUGUCUAUGCCAUACAACAGACAUCCGUCAGCCUGGCGUACUGCUUGGCUCCAUUGAUUGGUGGGGAGUUGGCUCAGACCUUUGGCUUUGCCUGGCUAAUGCGCAUAGUGGGCAUAUGCAACAUGAUCUAUGGUCCCGUUCUGGUCUAUCUUUAUCACAAAUACGAUCCAAAGAUCCUAAGAGAACAACAUAAUGACAUGCUGCUCCAAAGCAGUGGUCGUGGGUCCCGUUAUAAACAGCUGUACAACUCAAUGGACGUGGAAUAGACCACGAUUCCUCGUAAAUACUAAGCAAUCAAUGAAAAGAAUUACUUUCGUUCUUCAUUUUUUUGGCUCAUCUAAAGCAAUAUAUUGGGAGAUGAUUUUUCUGUACCCAAGGAAGGGGAGGGGAUAUAAUAACCUAGUCU